GGCGAGGGGCCGCGUCCCUGCCCCCACCCCAGGCGGGUCCCCGUCCUGUCCCUUCGCCCCCUCCCAUCAAGAGUCCCCAUCCUGUACCAUAGUCCCCCCUAUUUCUCUCUGAGGGAGAGAAAUGUUCCUCAGCGGGAGAGCUGGGAGCAGCAGUUGUGUGGCAUUCUUUGCCCAGGGUGACAUGUUGUAAAGACCCCAGAGUGUCAACCCAGUGACCUUGAGGGAAGGCCCAGCUGUCUGACCUGGAGUUUCCCUGCUUUCUGCUGUGCUGUACCUCUCCAUAGAGUGCGGAUGCAUCGGGUGUCAGGUGGAUUUGCUGCCAGUGUUGGUGGAGUUUUGAUGAACAGAAGCGAUGCAGCCAUGGCCGGAGACUGCCUGGCCUCGCAUCACCACUCGGGAUUGUGUACCCUGAAAGCCAAGGGUUCCCUCCGUCUUUCAGCAGAUCUGAGAGCAGCCAGGAUGCCGCAUCGCACUAUUCAUCUUUUCCGGAAGGGACUUCGGCUUCAUGACAACCCGACGCUGCUGGCCGCACUGGAGUCCUCGGAGGUCGUCUACCCUGUCUACAUCCUGGACAGGACAUUCCUGAUGUCCGCCAUGCACAUUGGGAAUCUGCGGUGGCACUUUCUGCUGCAGACCUUGGAGGAUCUCCAGAAAAAUUUGUGCCAGCUGGGCUCUUACUUGCUGGUUAUUCAGGGAGAGUAUGAGUCUGUUCUUAGAGACCAUGUCCAGCAGUGGAAUAUCACGCAGGUGACGCUGGAUGCAGAGAUGGAACCAUUUUACAAGGAAAUGGAGGUCAACAUACGCCGGCUGGGGAAAGAGCUGGGCUUUGAGGUGCUUUCCCGGGUGGGCCACAGUCUGUAUGACACCAAACGGAUUUUGGACCUCAAUGGUGGGACGCCCCCGUUAACAUACAAAAGGUUCCUUCACAUCCUGUCCCUGCUCGGUGACCCCGAGAUGCCUGUCCAAACCCUGACAGCUGAGGACUUCCAGAGAUGUUGUCCUCCUGCCCCAGGCCUGGCUGAGCGUUACAGGGUGCCUCUCGCUGUGGAUUUGAAGAUCCCCUCGGAAAACCUUUCCCCCUGGAGAGGAGGGGAGACCGAAGGGCUACGGCGCCUGGAGCAACACUUGAACGAUCAGGGCUGGGUGGCAAGUUUUACUAAACCGAGAACAAUCCCAAACUCGCUGCUUCCAAGCACCACUGGCCUAAGCCCAUAUUUCAGCACAGGCUGUCUGUCAGUUCGCACCUUUUUUUAUAAGUUGUCAAACAUUUAUGCUCAGGCCAAGCAUCACUCUCUGCCCCCGGCGUCGCUCCAGGGGCAGCUUCUGUGGAGGGAAUUCUUCUACACAGUGGCAUCAGCAACACCAAACUUCACCAAAAUGGCCGGGAACCCCAUCUGUCUUCAGAUCAGUUGGUACGAGGAUGCAGAGAAGCUCCACAAAUGGAAAACGGCACAGACGGGUUUCCCGUGGAUCGAUGCGAUUAUGACCCAGCUGCACCAGGAAGGCUGGAUCCAUCACCUUGCUCGGCACGCUGUCGCCUGCUUCCUGACACGGGGAGACCUUUGGAUCAGCUGGGAAGAGGGCAUGAAGGUGUUUGAAGAGCUGCUUUUAGAUGCUGACUACAGCAUCAACGCAGGGAACUGGAUGUGGCUGUCAGCCAGCGCGUUCUUCCACCAAUACACACGGAUCUUCUGCCCUGUCCGCUUUGGGAAGCGCACGGACCCCGAGGGGCAGUACAUCCGGAAGUACUUGCCCGUACUCAAGAACUUUCCCUCCAAGUACAUCUAUGAGCCCUGGACAGCAUCUGAAGAGGAGCAGAAGCAAGCAGGGUGUAUCAUAGGUGAAGAUUACCCCUUCCCGAUGGUGAACCACAAGGAAGCCAGUGAUCACAACCUGCAGCUGAUGAGGCAGGUCAGAGAGGAGCAGCAGAGAACGGCGCAGCUCACGAGAGGUACGAGGGGCUGAGCACUGCACACUAUGCAGCAGCUCAGAGCUGCCGCCGCGAGCUGAUGGCUCUGGGGUUGAUUUUGUGUGAUUUCCAGGACGCCUUUUCCUCUUGGUUACCAACACCACAUGCUGCUCUUCCAGUUACUGUUCAAAAGGUGUCCCAAGAGGGAAAGCCUGAGGUGG